CACAUGACGUAGAGUAAGUUCCUGCUGUGGCUUGAGGGAAACAUAUCGACAUUCAACCACGGGAGAAUCGCACUUUGCGGCCUGUGGAAGCCCCCCUCCCUGAGUGAUGGCCUCACCAGUCUCCGUCUACAACUCCAACGCCUUGGACACUCACAUCUCCAGUACCUCCAGAGAGUCUUUAAAAAUGGAAUUGUUAGCUGAUGUGACUCUGCUGCCAGGAGAGGACAGAAUAACAGAUAAAGAAAUCAUCUACAUCUGUCCGUUCAACGGCGCUGUGAAAGGCAAAGUGUUGAUCACUAACUACAGACUCUACUUUAAAAGCUCAGAUGCUGAUGUGGCGGUGACGCUGGACGUGCCUCUGGGUGCCAUCACUCGUGUGGAGAAGAUGGGCGGGGCGUCAAGCAGAGGAGAAAACUCCUACGGCCUGGAUAUCACCUGCAAGGACAUGAGGAACUUGAGGUUUGCCUUGAAGCAGGAGGGUCACAGCAGACGAGAUAUAUUUGACACCCUCUCCAAACAAGCCUUCCCUGUCUCCCACAGUCUGCCCCUCUUUGCAUAUGUGACUCAGGAGAAGUACGAGGAAAACGGCUGGAACACCUACAAACCCAUGGAGGAGUUCAGACGACAGGGCUUACCUAACAACAAGUGGCGCAUUACAUUCAUCAAUAAGAACUAUGAGCUGUGUGACACCUACCCCACUGUGUUGGCCGUACCCUUUAACUGUAAAGAGGAGGACCUGAGAAGAGUGGCUGCCUUCAGGUCAAGAUCACGCAUACCAGUUCUAUCAUGGAUCCACAGGGAGAACCAGGCAGUAAUCGUCCGCUGCAGUCAGCCUCUGGUCGGUAUGUCUGGUAAAAGGAACAAGGACGACGAACGCUACCUGGACAUGAUCAGGGAGGCAAACGACACCACCAAACUCACCAUCUAUGAUGCUCGGCCCAGCGUCAACGCUGUGGCCAAUAAGGCCACAGGAGGAGGCUACGAAGGUGAUGAGUACCAAAACGCAGAGCUCAUAUUCCUGGAUAUCCAGAAUAUCCACGUCAUGAGGGAAUCCCUGAAGAAACUCAAAGACAUCGUCUAUCCCAAUGUGGAAGAAUCUCAUUGGCUGUCCAGCCUAGAGUCCACACACUGGCUAGAACAUGUUAAGCUGGUGUUGUCAGGAGCCAUCCAGGUAGCAGACAAGGUUUCCAGUGGAAACUCAGUGGUGGUUCACUGCAGUGACGGAUGGGACAGAACUGCUCAGCUCACCUCUCUGGCCAUGCUGAUGCUGGACAGUCACUACCGCACCCUCAGAGGGUUCCAGGUGCUAAUUGAGAAGGAAUGGAUCAGCUUUGGGCACAAGUUUGCCUCAAGGAUAGGUCAUGGUGACAAGAACCAUGCAGAUCAGGACAGAUCACCCAUCUUUGUUCAGUUCAUCGACUGUGUAUGGCAGAUGACUAAACAGUUCCCCACAGCCUUUGAGUUUAAUGAGCGCCUCCUGCUGACAAUCCUGGAUCAUCUCUACAGCUGUCGCUUUGGGACUUUCCUCUACAACUGUGAGAGUGCAAGAGACCAGCACGAGGUGAGGUCGAAGACGGUGUCUCUGUGGUCUUUGGUAAACAGUAAGAUGGACAUUUAUUUAAACCCUUUCUACACCCCGGAGUCCGGCAGGGUCCUCUACCCUGUUGCCAGCAUGCGCCACCUUGAGCUCUGGGUAACAUACUACAUCCGCUGGAACCCACGUAUACGACAACAGCAGCAGAGUCCAGUGGAGCAGCGCUACAAGGAGCUGUUGGCCCUCAGAGACGAAUACUUGAAGAAGCUGGAGGAGCUGCAGCUGUCUGACUCCGCCCCCUCUUCCCGUCUGGCUAACAGCUCCACCCCUAACACCUCCUCCUCCACCUCCCCCACACCAUCACAGCAAUACACACACCUACACACUCCCCUCUGAGGGCUGGUGACACACACACACACACACACACACACACACACACACACAUACUCUCUCAGAUAUACUUGUUGACUUGCACUUAUGUCCUCAGCACUCUGAUUUCUGUCAGUCUCACACACAGGGAAUUAAUUAGUAUUGUGCAGUCCUAACUGUGGAUAACAUAGAAUUCUAAUAAGAGUUAGAUUUGAUGGUUAACUCCUAACACCAUAGUGGUGAUGAUGGUGAUUAUGCAAUAUGUCACAGUACAGCCUUGUCACAAGACUUUUCUAUACACACACACACACACACACACACACACACACACACACACACACACACACACACACACACACACACACACACACACACACACACACACCAUACAGUGAAGCCUUAAAGACAUUUAGUGGCUUUCUUUUCUCCAAGGGCUUGAACACACAGGACAUGCAGCGUAUGUGUAUCGGCGUUCACAUACUCGCACUGAUUUUACAGGAAUACAGCAGGAAAACUCACUGUGGGUGGUUAUCUUUCAAUCAGAUCACCACAGAUGCACAUACAGAACAUAUACUAUAGAUUCAGUGAUAAACCUUGUGUCCAUGAGAGAAGUUAUUCUUUACAUUGGGAAAAGUAGCUUGACAAAAUAAUUGUUACUCAAGGUCUCACCAUUGAAAGCUCCAGAUAAUGCUAGCUGAGGUACAAUUAUUUUGUCGUAUGUGUAGUUGUCAUCCAUUAAAGGAACACUACAACUUUUUGACUGAUAUUAAUUGCAUCGCUAUGCGUCCAUUUAAAAGAGAUAUCUGGGGUGUAGCUUAGCUAGUGCUAGUUUUAGCCUCACUUCAACAAUGGGGGAACAGUUAGCUUAGCUCUGUCAAAAGGAAGUAGAUCCCAUGGCAGGUAGCGACAGUAGCUCGUCCAGGGCGCUAAUUUCUGUAUUUGUUUUUGUUUUUUUGGAAACCUUUACAAGAUUAGCACUGCUUGACCUGAAAGAUUCAGGAGUUAGCAUGACUAUAUAGAGUAGCAAAGUACAGUUGAUUAUAACAAUAAGAGUCAGGUUAGUCUUGAUCAGAACUAGUUUCUACAACAUGAAAUGUAAAGUAUUCCAGUAUGAAUGAACAAUUGGAAGAUGAUUUUUGACUUAGCUAGGCUAGUAGUUUCCCCCUGCUUCCACUAGAUGAAACUAAUGUUGGUGUCUUCAUCUUGUAUUGUUUCACAGAAAACAAGCACUUCUCCCAAAAUGUCCUUACUGUGUCCUUAAAUUAAAGUAUUUUUUCAUGGUUAAAGAACAAGUUUAAAGGUUUUGCUGAAGCCAUUCUAGUAGACAAAGAAACAUUAUCUUACUAGCAUUUUCAAUGGCUUUCUGGAGCUUUCAACCACAAACCCAAGUAAACUCCAUCCUCUAACAAAGACCCUGUGUUAAGGUUAUUUUGUCAAGCUACAUAAGAACAGAUGUUAAAAUUAGAGAAGUUGUAGUCAAGGCAGUGGCAAAUAACAUUUUUAUAGAAUUUCCAAACAGUGAAUAAUGUCUCCAAAUCCACCAACAGAUUGUUUAAAACACAACACAUUUCACAUUUUGAUGUCAGAACACUGCUAGAUGACAGAAUCUGUCUCUGUCAGUCCAGUUUAUGCCGAAGUCUCACAACACAGCCGUUGGUGUACUGUGUGAACAAUGUAAUGCUAAUCAAGACGAACAACUCUCGCUUUUCACACUUCUUCCUACUUGCUGCACUACUGCUGAGUGUUGCCCUAUCCCACGAGGCAUUGAUUAGAACUGCUGCAGAGCUCACGCAGCACAGUUGGAGGCUGGGGACCCUUUACAGUGCAUGUCCCUGUUUGACUCUAGCUAAAUGUAUAUAUCAGGUGUGUCAGAUUUGGAUGGAUUGAUGUGGAAUUUGUUGCUUAUCACCUGAGGAUGAAAGCUAGAGCGGUCUCUGUUAAGUAUAUUUUGCCACUGCUAUUAGCUAAGCUCAUCUAAGCAGUAUUUCUCAGCACUUCGUAAGCUACGGCACUGAUAGCAAAUACAGUUCUAGCUAAUAAGCAGAGUUUGAUUAGAAUUAAUCAGUAAUGUACUUACUGAAUGCAGCUUUGACACGGUUUGAUCUAUAUUUCAGGUGCUCAAGAUAGUUUAGGAAGAUGAAGUGGUGCUGGCCUCUGAUCCUGGAUCACUGCUUUUACUUUUAUGUUCUCACUUAAUACAGACCCUGCAUGGAGAAGCCAGUCCAGGUCCAUGAAAGCCUUACCAUGCCAAGAUGUUUCUAACCAGCAGAUGGUUUUUUGGGACAGUGAGCAGAAAUAAACCAAUUAGCUCUCACUUCCCCUAAAUACACUUUUUUGUAAGUCAGAUAUUUUAUCCACCCUCACUGAAAAGUCCCAGGUAAAAAAAACACAUUUGUGAUGUCAGAGCACAUGUGCCUUUUGGACAGGGUUUGUUAGCUUUUUUUCUGUCUUCCAUUUUCAUUUGCCUGUUAUCUGAUUGGUUUAGAUAAUUGGCAAAACUUGUUUCCAACCAGUCUGGUUUUCUCACUGCUCAUGUCAUAUUGGACUCCAAUGUAGAGCUGUGUCUAACAGAUUAGUUUUGUCCCCAGAUCUCAGUAUUGAAAUCAAUGAAAAGUAUGUCACCACAACUGAUGGGGAAAAUUUCAAGACCUGUGUGUAAACAUUUGGGAAUUAUCUUUAACUGUUGACAAAUACAUUGCCAUUUCCACAUAGGAAAUUCUAUGGAAGUACUUUUUCACCAGAAAAAAAACAAAACAUAGAUUAAAUGUUAGAAAUUACAAAAACAUAAAUAUUUUUGGUACUUCAAUUAUGAGAUACGAGUACACAAUUAUGGCAUUUUAAGUCAAAUAGGUAAAAUUAUUAUUACUGUUGGUAUUAUUAUGAAAAUGUUGACCUAAGAUAGAGUAUGUUAUUUUUUGGAGACAGUACUUCUUAUUUGUGUAGUUUUAAUCUCAAACCUAUGCGAUAGUACUACCUUUUAUAAUUUUGACUUUGUAAACCAAGAUUUAAGCUCUUUGUCUUGAAAAUUAGGACCCUAUAUGAUUUCGAAAGUAAUGAAAAAACACAUGAAAAUCGACCUGUCCAAAAAGCACAUGGUUUAAUAGUUAGUGUCUUUGGGUUUUGGUGUUGUCAUGGAGCUGAUGUCUACAGUGCAGUGUGCAGUCAAACUCAGGACUUCACAUGGACAGCAGUGUGAAUAAGAGGAAUGUUUGAAAAUAUUUCUUUAGGAUGACAUUGGAAUUAGGAUUUUGAAAAAUAUCUUGAUGAAAGGAUUUUGCUGCUAUCUCAAAAAGUUCCCAUUCUGGUUAAUCUGAAAAACAACGCACAAAGACAGACAAAAAUAAUGGGCAGCAUGUUUAUAAAAUGUCUAUUACAGAUGUAUGUACUGUAUCAUGCAGUCUGUCAAGUUGUUGACUGGACUGUUUAUUACAAUCAGUCUUGAGUUUUCAGUUGUCUGCCACCAUUGCCCCAUUUGUUCAUUCAGUCUAAUGAGAAAUGUCCAGUCUGACCUGUUAGAUAUAUACUCCUUAUUUAUCAGUUAUCUUGGCCAUGCCAGCUGUGGGGUCCAUCACUGAAAAACUAGAAUGAAAAAAGAAAAAAGAAAACCUGUAAAAGGAGUUCCAGACCUGGUCAUGGAAGCAGUCUACCUUUAAAACUGCAACAGUGCUGCACUGUGGCUCGGUAUCCAAUAAGGAACAGACUAUUCUGUUCAAACUAAUACAGGGUAGAUACACCUGAACGUCUACAUGGACCACCACUGUAGAUCACAUAUGUCUGACACUUUAUUUGUUACAUUUUAUUAACACCUCCUUCACAAAUGAAUAUUGAGUUACAAUACUUCAUUCCUUUCCAAGGGACUUGGACUGAUGGAUACCAAAUUUCCUCUAGUUCACUUGGACUCUUUGACACUGAAAUUGAUUCAUAAUUGUACUCUAUAGAGUUGUAAAGAGGGAGGAAGUGCUGGUUCCCAAAGUAUUUUUCCUCACUUGAAAUGACUAGUUGAAAGAUUUAUAAUGCUGUAACACAAUACUAUAGGUCAGUGGUUCCCAACUUUUUUGGCUUGUGACCAUUUAAAAAGAGGUAAUGUCUACAUAUUUCCCUCCAUCACAGGUUAAGAUAUAACUGUGGACAGUUGGGCAGAAUUCUUCUUAGGAUUUUUAGUGUCCUUAAGAGUUUAACCUUUACAAUAUUUUACAAGAGGAUGGCUAGAUAAAAGUCAGUCCUAACCCUGAACCAACAUACUGUAAUUGUGUGAAACAAUACUUACCAUUCUUACCCAGUUAAUCUUCUGGUGACCCUUCACAUUUAUCCUAGAACUCAUUCAUUGUUCAUCUUUUCUAUUGAUGAUUCAAGCAAGAGGGUUUCAUGUCCAAACAUUGAGGUGCUCCAACCAGUCAACUAACAUUUUUUAUGAGAAAAUGAAUAGGACUUUUACUUCUGGAACCCUGAACCUAAAAUAUCUUCUCCCACUUCGCUACUCUAUAGAAUCCUCAAGUCCCCCGAUAAAAUAUCUUCGUGGUCAAAGAGGAAUUUGUACAGCCAGCUCAAACCCCAACACAUUUUCCUUCACACAGUGUAAUCAACUCAUCAGGUCAUCACGAAGUUAGAAGCAAUAUUACAAGGGGAUGAUGUAUGCAGAGUGUGACAGUUUCAGUUGUGAAUGAGGUGUAAUAAGUCAUUUUUCAAAGUGUGUCAGGUCAUGUUCAGAUUUGUGCCUUGAUUCUUCUAAGAAUCACCUUCACCUCUUCAGAGUGAUGUACUCUUAAGCUUUCCUGGGUCAUGUUUGAGACUGACUGUUUUGUGGCCCUGAGCUCCAAAGGAAUAAUGCCUUGUAUGCUCUGAUUUUGGAAUAUGCCAUGUUGUUGUUUAUUGGGUGUGUGACAGUUUGAAGUGGGAAAAAGUGAGCAUUACAAUGGAAGACAGGGCAUCUACUAGGGUAUCUUUUCAUGUGUUCUAUCAAAAAUGUUCAGCUUUCAACCGUUAAGUAUUUAAAAUGAACAAUAACUAAAACUUCAAGAUUUAUAUGAGUCAGUCUAAUUAAUGUUCACAAUCUGUAGCUACAACCAGACAGAGAUGAUCACACAUGACAUUUAAUCGGAGUAAAAAAAGGCCACAA